GCCCAACCCAAAACAGGGUUUAAACCCAUGUCCUUUUUGCUAUGAUGCAAUAGCCUUUAUGCUGCCCAAAUGUGCCUAUAAGAUACAGUACAUAGUGGAUUAUUUUGCUCAUAAUUAAUGUCAAUGAAAAGAUGACAUUACUCUCGUCGCAGUGAACUCUGACAGAAAUCAUGCCUGAACCUGCCAAGUCUGCGCCCAAGAAGGGCUCCAAGAAAGCCGUGACCAAGACCGCCGGCAAAGGAGGCAAGAAGAAGAGGAAGACCAAGAAGGAGAGCUACGCCAUCUACGUGUACAAGGUGCUGAAGCAGGUCCACCCCGACACCACCAUCUCCUCCAAGGCCGUGAGCUUCAUGAACUCAUUCGUCAACAACAUUUUCGAGCGCAUCGCCUCGAAGGCUUCCCGCCUGGCUCACUACAACAAGAGGUCCACCAUCACCUCCAGGGAGAUCCAGACCACAGUGCGCCUCCUGCUGCCCGGUGAGCUGGCCAAAUACCCUAACAACUGA